AUGAUGGUCAAUAUACUACAAGAUGAUGCAUUUGAAAAAAAGAAAAAAAGAAGACUAUGCGAUGUUGUUCAUCCAAAUCUGACGGAUUUAAAUUAUAGUUUAUUAGAUCAAAAGAAAAUCAACAAUCAUAAUGGAAGUAGUGAUAACGGAAGUAGAGAUAACGGAAGUAGAGAUAACGGAAGUAGAGAUAACGGAAGUAGAGAUAACGGAAGUAGAGAUAACGGAAGUAGAGAUAACGAAAGCAGUAAAAAUGGAAGCAGUAAAAAUGGAGGUAGUAAAAAUGGAGGUAGUAAAAAUGAAGGUGGUAAAAAUAAAGGUAGUAAAAAUGAAGAUAGUAAAAAUGGAAGUAUUGACAACAGCAGCAGUGAUCAUAGCAGUUGUUGUAAAACCAAAAAAAUUAUAAAACUGGAAAAUGAAAAAAUAGAGGAUUAUUUUAUUAUAAAGAAUUUUCUACCUAUAUGUGAAGAGUUUUUGUUAAAAAACUACCAAAAUCUUUUUAUGUAUUUAUUUAAUAACAAACAAGAGGAAAUAAAUAAAAUUAGAAUCAAGCAGGAGCGGGAAGAACAGGAACAAGCGGAUGAUGAUGAGCCUGUUAAUGCAAAUACAGAGGAACAUUUGCAAGUACAAGGAAAACAAAAGGGAGAGGGGUAUAACAACUGUUCUGAGUAUACAAAAGAAACAGAGAUAAAUAGAUCAUAUAAUGCAGAGGAAGAAAAGGAGAAAAAAAAAGAAAAGAAAAAGUGUUAUAAUUCUGAAGCCGGAGGUAAGGAAAAAGACAGAGAUGACAAACCUGACAUUGUAUCAAAUAUAAAAAAGAAAUUUUCAUUAACAUCAUUUAAUUUAUAUGAAAGUUAUGUACGAGUAACUAAAAAAUCGUUAAGGGAAAUAGAGUUACCAUUUGAUCGAGCUGUGUUAUUAAAUGUUAUUGAUAAGAAAGAUAAUUCAAAAAAAAUUAUAAAAAUAAUUAACAAAAAAAAAGUAUUAAAUGCAUUUGGGGAAUCAUGGGAACAUAUGAUUGAAUAUAUUAUUUCUUUAAAAGAGCAUAAAAAUUUAAUGAAAAUAUUUGAUAUAUAUGAUGAUGGAAAAAACUUUUAUAUAAUAAUGGAAAAGUUAUAUGGAAAAGAACUUUUUAGUUUUCUAGUUUAUAAAAAGCAAGUGAAAGAAAGUAUCUGUAAAUAUAUAAUUAGCCAAAUAUUACAAGCAGUUAAUUAUUUGCAUUACCACAAUAUCAUUCACAGAGAUAUUAAACCUGAAAAUCUUAUGUUCAGAAAUAAAAAGAGAAAAGAUAAAACGUAUGAAUACAAUUACGAGUUGGUACUCAUUGAUUAUGACACCUGCCAAUUUAUAAACAAAAGUUAUGGCAGUACUUGCAGGAAUAGCGGUUACAACAAUUAUGGUCAGUACAUCCAGUACAACCAUUACAACUACUACAUCAAUAAUAACAAUAACCACUGCAAUUAUUAUAACUUCUAUACACAACAUAACCUCAUUUACUCGACUAUAAAUGGAAUUAUAGGUAGUCCCCUGUUAACACCAAAUAAAAUCAUUGCUAGUGAAUGUACAAAGUUAUGUAGACAAAACCAUGAAUCGAAACAGCCAAAACAAAUUUGCUCUAAGGAAAUCAACCUGACCCAGCAAGCUAAUUGCACUGAAUGGACUUCUGAAAAAAUACAUACGAAAAUGUUAGAAGUUAGAAGGGGAGAAAAAACAGGGAAGGAUGAUGUCGGUACUGCCAUAUCUACCAGUGCUGCUGUUGGUGCUAAGGCUUGGGCUCAUGCAGGAGAUUCUGGGGAAGGCGCAGUUAUCCAACAGAACAGUAAAUCAUAUCAAGGUAGAAGACAAAUAAAGUUAGUAGGUACAUAUGGGUACAUAGCUCCAGAAAUCAUAAAAGGAUUCAAUUAUUCUAUAUCAUCUGAUAUGUGGUCUGUAGGAAUUAUAUUUUAUAUUUUGAUGACAGGAAUUACUCCACUCCCUAUGUGUCUAAUGGUUAAUUAUAAAAAUACAAAAGAAAUAUUAUUAAAAAAAGAAAAGAAAGGAAUUAAUUUUAAUCUCUUAUCAUUUAAUAAUUACCCUUUAGCAAAAGAUUUAUGUGAAAAACUUUUGCAAUUCGAUCCUAAUAAGAGAAUGCCUGACUCUAUCAUUGCAUCCAAUCACCCCUGGCUUAAAUAUUUUAAUAUUUUAAAAAAAAAUAUUACGGAUUUGAGAUUUGGAAAUAAUGACAUAAAUUGUUGUUUUAGCCCCAACAAGCAGAUAAAUAAUAAUUGCUAUGAAAGGAUUAACAUGAAUGGUAAUAAUAGGAUAAGCUAUAAAAAUUGUGAUCCUAAUAAUUGCUCUUGUAUCAGUGGAAGUGUUAACAAUAGCUUCAAUGGUUGCAGAAAGUGUUACAACUGCAAUAGAGAGCAUCUUAAGAGCUCAUGUAAGAAGGGAGGAGAUCACUCAGUCAUUCCGUGUUACAUGAACAAAGAUUUAUACAAUGAGUACUAUAAGAAAUGCUAUGAGUCCGGAAAUUUCAAUGCCAUUAGUUUAUAUUGCAGUGGUACAUAUUGCUGUAAUAGACAUAGUAACGAUAAUGGUAGUAAAUUUACUAAUGGUGAAGGUAGUAGCAGUAGUAAUGGUAAUAACCAUAUGAAGGGGAAGCAAAAAAGCAACUCGCACAACAAUAAUAAUGAUGAAGAUAUGAUGCACCAUGCUUCAAUUGAGAAAAAAGGUUUUUUGUCUAACCAACAAAACGCAUGUAAAAAUAAAGGUGUUGAACACGUAUUAUUCACAGAUACUAGUUUCCCCAACUAUUUAUUUCACAAAAAAAAAUAUAACAUUAGUGGUGAUAUUAUUGUCAAUACGCAUUUAAAUGGGGGGAUAAGUAAAGGAGGAGUGAGUAAAAGAGGAGUAAGUAAAGGAGGAGUAAGUAAAGGGGGGGUAAGCAAAAAUGCAAAGACAGAUGGCACAUCCCAUUGCGGCUGCAAUAAUGUUCAUCAACAUGACCAUGAUUUAUCAAUUAACUUUACUACUAACAAUUCGAUGAAAUUAUUUCCAAAAAAGAAAAAUAAAGAGGAAGGAAAAAUAAAACAAAAAAUACAUUCGCUAAAACAGAUAAACGAACAAACCAGCUAUGAUGAAGCUCUAGGGGAACACAUAGUACUAAACAAUCACAAGCAUGUGCAUUCAAACGGUGUAUCUACAAACGGGUGCAAUGACUCUAUACAUUUAUUUGAAAACUUAAUAGAAAAAAAGAAAAAAAAAUAUCUUUCCUCUACUAACAAAUUUAAUGAUUUUUCUAUCAACAACGAGGGAAUUGUUCAAAGCAGUAACCAGUUCCAUUUGCAGAAAGAGGGAGAUGAAAAGGUAAAGGACAGCAACAAUGCUGGCAUUGUUGGCAGUAUUGAAAGUGGCAGUAACAAUAGCAGAAGUAGAGGGAAAAAUUACAACGAAACUGCGAAAAAUUGCCAACAGGAAGAAUGCACGCACACUCAUGAAAGACUUCAGAUGAUUCCAAUGAAUAUGGUAAUACAACAUGAUUGGAACAAUCCAAAUGAUAAAAAAAAUAAGUUGUUGGUAAAUAACAUGAAUAAUAUAUAUGAGCAGAAUAAAAGUAAGGAAUUUAACAACUACACAUAUGAUGAUGGUAAUAGUAAUAGUAAUAAAUAUAUCAACAGUAAUAGCAAUAAUAGCAGUAACAGUAUUACAUAUCGCGGACCUUUAAGGUCAAAAUGGCCAGGUUUAUAUUCCAGUAACAGGAUAGUGAAAAAUAAUAUAUAUGAAGAAAAAAAUCAAGAAUAUAGCGAUGACAAUAAUAUAGGCAAUCAUGGCAAUAUAAAUAAUGGUAAUAACAAUUACUACUAUACUUGUUACACACAUAUACCUCAAAAUGUACAUGAAUUGAGUGAAGAAAUUAAUAUAUACGAGUUAUAUAAUAACACAAAUAGUGAUGAUAAGGAUAGCUACUCGAACGUACAUAAUAAUAGCCCCACUCAGUAUAGUUUUCUCAUUAACAAUUCCAUUAACAAUUAUGUAAUUAACAGCGUUCAUCAUGAACAUAGUAAUAACAAUAAUAACACCAAUAACAAGAACAAUAGUAAUAACAACAAUAGUAACAACAACAAUAGUAACAACAACAAUAGUAACAACAACAAUAGUAACAACAACAAUAGUAACAACAACAAUAGUAACAACAACAAUAAUAAUAAUAAUCAUAAUAACAGUAAUUACAAUGGUUCAUUUGUGAUUGGGGUUAAUUAUAAUAUGUACAAAAAUAGAAUAAACAAUAUAUCGACUCUUUCUGGAAUUAGCAAUAAUAAUGUCAACAACAUAAAAUUUUAUAAUAACUCUAUGUCAACUAAGAAUAAUUUCGUGUAUGCGAAUUUAUUAACAAAUACAGGUUCGUGCGAUUCUUCAUCCGUAGUACCCAAAAAUGAAGAUAAAAAUGAAAAUCGAAAUGUAUGCAAAGGUGGAUGCAAAGAUGGAUGUAUAAAUGGAAGCAGAAAUGGAUGUAGAUGUGCGUGUAAAAAUAAAAAAAACUUUACCUACGCCAGUAGUAGUAGUAAUUGCACAUAUAUACAUUAUAAUACCCCCCCUAAUUUAUGCCCAGAUAAUAAAUUUGAAAAUACAUUAAAUCCUUUUGUAUAUGAAUACUGUAUGGUGAAUGAAAAGGAAAGACCCCAGUUUUACAUGUCUACAGUAUUUGAGGAUUAUGAAGAACAAACAAAAAAGAAAAAAAGAAAAAAAAUUUCAGCGUAUUAA